CCCCCUUCUCUCUUCUCUCAUCCAUCUUCUUCUUUCCUACUCCUGAUUCCAAAUGGGUACUGGUUGGCGAAGAGCUUUCUGCACUACAAUCCCUAGAAAUUCUUCCGAUUCUUCUGUUCUUGGUGACGUCCAACAAAACCCAAAUCCCACCCCACGGUCUUCCGGGAAACUUGCCUUCUUCAAGACUUCUUCUGCUUCUAAUCCUUCCACUCCUCGAUUGCAAUCUAAUUGGAGCUUACGUUCCAGAAACAGCAACAAUGGCGGAGGUGCUGAUGAUACUGUUACUGAUUCGAAUGUAUCGACACCUCGACUGCGGUUACGUGCUAAAACGAAUGAUAAAUCCGACGGUGGUGGUGAUGAUGGUGGUAAGUUUCAGUCGUCGGUGAUUGAUAAUCUCAAUAUCACUCCCAGGUUAAGAUGCAAAACCAACAUGAAAAAACCGAAAUCGUCGUUACUAGGUUCGAAUCCUUCUUCUCCGAGAUCUCCGUUCUCGAUCUUCAAAAGCUCGUUGGGGUUUUCACGAAGUAAUUGUGGAUUGUGUCUUCAAAGUGUUAAAACCGGCCACAAAACCGCCAUUUUCACAGCGGAAUGCUCACAUACCUUCCAUUUUCCAUGUAUUUCUAAACAUGUGAAGAAGGAGAAGGUUCUCGAAUGCCCCAUCUGCAAAUCUGCUUGGAGAGAUGGUUCGUUUCUCGCCAUCCACAAGCUUCAAUCCAACAAUGAAAUCGAGAAAUUAAACGAUGAUAAAACGGAAAAUUCAAUCACAACUCCUAAAUCAAAACACGAUUUGUCGAGAUCGCAAGAAACCUGCGUCAAACCAAAAGCAUACGAUGACGACGAACCACUACGAACACCAAGAGCCGGCGGUGGUGGAAUUAUUCCGAUACCGGAGGCGGUGGAGGAGAAUGAAGAUGUUGACGUUGAUGAAGAGUUCAAAGGAUUCUUCGUGAAUCCGGUCUCUUCCUCCACAGCCGAUGAAUUCCGGCGAGAUUUUAAGAAUGUGGAGGUGAUGUUGAUGUCGGAAGUUGCCGUAAUUUCUUCAACUCAAUCACAUGAGACUUACGCCGUCGUGUUGAAGGUCAAAGCUCCGCCACCGUCUCCGCCAGUUGGGGCGGCGCAUAUGCUGAACCAAUCGAGACGUGCGCCUAUUGAUUUAGUCGCUGUUCUCGACGUGAGUGCCAGUAUGGGAGGAGCCAAGCUUCAGAUGCUUAAGCGAGCUAUGCGCUUAGUCAUUUCCUCGCUCGGCUCGACUGAUCGUCUCUCCAUUGUGGCUUUCUCAGCUUCCCCAAAACGGCUUCUCCCUUUAAGAAGAAUGACUUCCAAAGGUCAACGUUCGGCUCGGCGUAUUAUUGACCAGCUUACUUGUAGCCGAGGUACCUGCGCCGGUGAAGCUCUCAGAAAAGCCACCAAAGUACUUGAAGAUCGGCGUGAAAGAAAUCCGGUUGCCAGCAUAAUUCUAUUAUCCGACGGUCAGGAGGAGCACGUGACGGAUAAUAAUAAUUCAAAUCAAAGGCAACCAUCUUGCCACGUGUCAUCUACCCGCUUCGCUCAUGUUGAAAUACCGGUUCACACAUUGGAAAAAAAACCCAGUGGGUAUAGCCAUCAAACAAACGAUCCGGCUGAAAAUGCGUUUACGAAAUGUGUCGGCGGUUUGCUCAGCGUGGUGGCUCAAGAUUUAAGAAUUCAGCUAGGUGUGGCUCCCGGUUCAGACCCGGCUCAGAUAACCGCUGUUUAUUCAUGUAACGGGAAACCGACGGUGCUAAACUCCGGUUCAGUUCGGUUCGGAGAUCUAUACGCUGAGGAAGAAAGGGAAGUUUUGGUCGAAAUGAGGGUCCCACGGUCAAACAGUGGGUCGCACCAUGUGCUAUCGGCUCGGUGCAGCUACAACGAUCCGGCUACACAAGAAACUGUUUACGGUGGAGAAAAGGCGUUGCUGGUGGCUAGAGCACAGACCGUUAGAUCAUCUUGUUCUCCAAAGAUCGAACGGCUGAGAAACCUCUUCAUUGCAACACGAGCCGUGGCGGAGUCUCGGCUGCUGGUGGAACAUAAUAAGCUGACGACGGCUCAUCAUCUGCUAUCAUCGGCUCGGGGCCUGUUAAUGCAGUCGAUAUCGGCUGAAGAGUUUGUAAAAGGGUUGGAAUCGGAACUGAUGGAUGUUGAAUGGAGGGUACAAUAUCAGCAGCAGAUGGUACAACAACAAGGUGUGAUGAUGGUGGAUGAAAAUGGGGAGCCGUUAACGCCAACGUCGGCUUGGAGGGCGGCUGAGAAGCUGGCUAAAGUUGCGGUGAUGAAGAAGUCGAUGAACAGAGUCAGCGAUCUGCACGGCUUUGAAAAUGCUAGGUUUUAGUUUUUAUUAUUUUUCUAGAUUUUUUUAUAAUAUUUUUGGUUUUUAAUUUAAGAAAAAAGAAAAUUGUUAAUGAAGAAAUGGUGAAUAAAUUAAUGAGAAUGGAAUCAAAAUGGAGAGAAGAAUAUGGCACGUGCUCACUCAA